UUCGGACGCAGUAUUGAAUAUUUGUUGUGAGAGAGAAAACAUGGCCGCUCCAUUCUCGUUUUUAAAGUGCUUUUGCUCGGCUGGGUGACCUUGUAUGAAGAGGAUGGGGGUGAAUGCUUCCUGCCAGGCUGAAGUUGGUGUUGGUCCGCAAGCCAUCUUUAGUGCGUGGCGUCCACAGUUCAUGGAGUCGAGGUGUAGAUUCGGAGCUGCGGUAUUUCCCUCUCCAGAGAAGAAGAAGCGGCUCACCACCCUGGCCACCAUACGGAAGCGGCUGAUCCGGCGGCGGCGCUCCUCCAAGUCCUGCGACCAUGCCAGGGUGAUCCGGGAGCUGGUGGGGGAGUGGACCGUGCGGGAGGUGGCUGCUCUGUAUGAAGAGUACGAGGCCAGCGCCGCCCUGAAGGACCUCACCGUGCAGGCUGACCUGGCCCGGCCCCCCGCCCCCACCUACAAGCAGGACCUGAGUGACCUGUUUGACUACAAGUACAGCACUGAUGUGGACCUGGUGUUUCAGGGGGCCAUCUUCCCCGUGCACAGGGCCAUUCUCAGUGUCCGAUGCCCAUAUUUUCAGGAGGUGCUCAAGAAAAUCCCUAUAUAUGGCGCACAGAUCGGCGUUGACAUCCGGACCCCAGGCAUCGAUAUCCCCAUGUUCAGCGCCCUUCUCCGAUACCUCUAUACAGGGGAAUUCAAUGCUUACGAUGGGACCAGCCGGGCGCAGUUAGGCCUAAGCAACCUUGACCUACUCAUGCAAUUGUGCGAGGAGUUUGGGACGCCUAAUCCGCUCGAGUGCGAUCUCCGUUACCUCUUGGAGUCGGGGGAGUAUGCCGAUUGCGUUCUCGUGUUCUCUCCGGGGGGGAACGACGCAGGUCCGAGCGAGGGUUCCGAGGGGGGGCCAAGCGACUAUGGGUUCCACAAUCGACUUGAACUCUACUGUCACAAGGCGAUAUUAAGUGCACGAUCGCCGUUUUUCCGCAGCCUAAUACAGAGACGUCAGCGUUUGGGCGAGGAGGGCGGAGAGCGCGGUCCGCCCCUCCCGACCCGCGUUGUCCUAGACCAGGGGGUGAUUCCGAAACGCUAUGCCCGGGUCCUGCUCCACGCGGUCUACCUGGACACCCUCGACCUGACCUGCAUUGUCCGGGAUGCCUCCAGUACGAACAGCCUCUCGGAAGCCCAAAGCAUCGUCAAUACGGGUCGGUCGAGGUUGACGAUGGUCGAGGAGGCGAUGGAGAUUUAUCAGAUCGGGCGCUUCUUGGAGCUGGAUAUCCUCACGCAGGGCUGCGAGGACCUCAUAGUGGAGUCUCUCUGCCUUGACAACCUGGUCUCGGUCUUACGCUGGUCCGGCGAGGCGCACGGCUCCGCUUGGGUCCACCGGCAGGCUCUCCACUUUCUACGGGAGGAGUUCGCUCAGGUCGCUCAGUCUGGGGUGCUGCUGGAGCUGGACAAGGCGACCCUUUUGGAAGCGCUGACCUCAGACUUCCUGCAGGCCGCUGAGCUGGAUGUCUUACAGGCUACGCUGAGAUGGGGUGAACACCAGCUGCUGAGACGCAUGGAAGACAGGGAACCCAAUUUGGUGUCCCAGACGGCGCACUCUGUGACUCGCAAAGGGCUGAGGAAGCGCGACAUCAAUGACGUAGAAUUGCGUGAAAUCCUGUCCGAGCUCCUUCCUCAUGUUCGUAUGGAUCAUGUUCUGCCCCCCAACCAUGACAUACUGACCCAGGCCAUCAAGCGCGGCCUGGUCUCAACGCCCCCCAGCCACAUGAUAGGCGAUGACACCACCAAUUAUCGGCUCAACGCUUGGAUACGCAGCAAAAACAACGGACUGUUUGUGAAGCCGAGACUUUUUACUCCAUAUGCCGAAGAGAUUAAGAGUGUGGUGGAUGAGCAGACAGCAGGUGGAGUUGAUGUCAUCCGCUUGCAAUGCUACGUCAGCCACAUUCCGGAUGCUCUGUACAUGGUGGAGGAUAAUCCCACCCACCAUCAUCCACCCACCUACACCCACCACCCGGCGCCACCCACUACGGUUGAUGUGGUGGCUGCUGCUAUACCGGGGCGCCUCAGCGACGAAGGUCAUCUUAGCGAGGUCAUGCCCGAUGUUGCGCUGGCCUCCUCCUCCCUCUCGGCCCUUCACCUCGAUGACCACCACCUCCCCCCCACCCUGGACCCCCUGGAUGCACCCCCCAUGACCCUUGACCUGGGGGACGGGUCACACCACCAGGUUGGGUCCCACCUCUCCCUCGGCGGCUCCCACGGUCGGCGGUCGAGUCGUCGCCGGCGGCUGCCCUCGCACCUCACCGCCCCGCCGCCCCUCCCAGGCCACCACACUUACGGCGGCGGCCAACACUCCCCCCACACGCCCCCCCUGAGGCCCCACCACCCCCCAGCCGCCGCAGCCGCCACCCCCCCUACCCCCCCUCUCUUCCUCUGACAAAGGGACUACUUCUCUCUGCACCUCCACCACCACCGCCACCACCACCACCACCGCCACCACCACCACCACCACCACCACGGCCGCCACCACAGCCGCCACCACAGCCGCCACCACAGCCGCCGCCACCUCCUCCUCCUCCUCCUCCUCCUCCCGCCUCCUCUUCUCCACGUCCUCCUCCUCCUCCUCCUCCUCCCCUCCUCCUCACCUCCUCCUCCACCAUAGGCCUAGGACUCCCAUGUUUUGAGGCCUAUGAUUUUUUUUUUUUUUUUUUUUUUUUUUUUUUGAGUGGGAAAA